GGAUGGUAGUGUUAAAAGUAACUUAGGAUGUUCCUGCCAUUUGUUAAGAGGAAAACUUAUGCUGAGUUCAGAAAGAAUGUCCUGAAAACUAAUGAAUCUGUGAAGAUAGGGGGAACAAUUUUUUUAAGACUGCUUGGAAUGAAGGCUGCCUGAGGAGUUAUUAGAGAAUAGGUAGUUGAAUUAGAUUUGGGUUCUACACCUCCUAAAGGGUUUGGCAGAAGGGAGCCGUACCAACAAGAAACAAAGUUGAUCAGGUGGAGCUACUCAUAGAAGACUGAAGUUGAAGAGUUUGAACUAGAGGUGACAAGUUGAAGAGUUGGAACUAGAGGUAGUGGGGAGUCUUUGAAGCUUCUUGAGUAGGGCAGAGAGACUCCUUGAAAGUGAAAUUCUGGAAGUGAAUCUGGCAGUUGAAUGCAGGACAGAUGGGAAAGGAAAGGGUUUGAUAGUAGGAAAACUAGUUACAACCUAGGUGGUCAGUGAUGAGGUCUGGUCUUUUCCCCUACACUGUAACUGUCCUUUGAGUUUGAAUUGAUUAUGAGUUACGCAGGUAAAGAUGUACUCUUGGCAGCUGCUGUUGAUCUGUGAGUCCCUGGAAGACUUUUUUUUUUCUUUUAAAUCCUCUGACCUGGCACAUAGUAAACUCACAAUAUCUGUUAGAUGGCUGAAGUGCAUCAUAAAUGUAUGCUAGGUGUGUCUGAACAUUUUGAAUUGUCUUAUUUCUGUCACUGGCCUGAAGAAUGAACGUAGAGGCAGAUGUAUUUGUAAAGUUGGAAAGAAGCAAGCGUUGUGUACGUUUCUGUUAUAAGGCAGGUGUAAAUGCCGAUUCAGAUAUAAAUGCGAAGAAUUCCAAGGGAGAUUGAGAAACAACAUUCAUUUCUCCUGUUCCCCCCCACCGCCCUGCACAUUUACCAGUAGGACAGAGAUCUAUAAAAGUUGAGAAAUUCCACCUUAAAAGAAUUAUUACCUUCCAUGCUCCAGACCUAGGUUCUAAUUUCACUAAACAGAUGAACAUCACGUAUUACUUAAAUACUUGAAGCUCCCUUUUCCAAGGACCCUGAAAUUUUGACAUCCGGAAUUAAAUUAAUGUCAUUACAUUAAUUAGAAACUUGUUUUGGGUACAGGACUUUUAUGGUUUUGUGUCCGGGAUGGGAGAACCUGUUUCUACCCUAACUGUAUGGCAUUCAAGAGACUACACCUGUUCUUGCAGAAUUGGCCUUCUGUGGCAGGAAACAAAACGAAGAACCAACUCAAAUGUCAUUGCUAGUGACACAGAGCUUAUGCUCUAGGGUUUCAGGUUAACUCAAAGCACACACUUAGUGAUGAAGAAUAAAAGUAUUUGUUCUUUAUUUCUGGAGAAGAAACUUUUAGGUUUGUCUUGUUGAAACUUCGUAGAGAAAUUUAAAGAAUUCAAAGUUUUUGUUUGGUAUGACAGUACAGCUUUAGCCAGUAUGGGUACGUCAGUUACGACAUCCUUAAUGUUUCUCCCAGUGAGUCUAGGCACUUGGUGAUUUAGAGUUGUUCUCAGUAUAAUUUAUGCAAAUGUCAUGUCUUUUUUUUUUUCUUCCUCAAUUUUCAAAGAGCAAUAAUUGCCCCUCAGAUAAACCUCAUUGGCUGCGAUACUGCCACUGCCAAAAACUCUUUUGUUUCUGGUUUUUGUUUUUGUUUUUUAUAAUCUCUGUAUUGCCUCCUCCCUCUUCCUCAUUCAGCUGGUCCUUUGUUAGGCCGUUCACUUUUCCAUUUCUGUGUCAAUGUCACAGUCCAUUUGUUGGGAACUCCUCUUGUCUAAACUGUUUUCUUAAAACAAGGAAGGAAAUUCUAUUAGUGAUUUCUUCAUUCUUGGAGAGUACAGCUCUAUUCAAACAUGACUUAUUUACAUUGAUUUUGAUAUAUCAUAAUAUGUGCCCCCCAAAAUAACCAUAUGAAGAACUUGAUAGUUUCUUUUUAAAGAUAUUUCCCAGUCUAUUCCGCAACAAAAAGGCUGCAUUAGUAUUUCACAAGUAUAAAAAAGGACUGACUAAUAAAGGAACUUGCGUUUAUCAUAAAUUUAAGGUUAAUCAGUGGCAUGAAGUUUAAGUUACGCCUCCUCAAACUGUGAUUUGCUAGUUGCAGAUUAACCAGCGAUUCCAUUUCCUUGAAAAGCAGGAAGUACUUGGACAUUGUUUUAUGGUUUUAUAGAGAUUAAAGGAUGCAAUUAGCAGGAACUCUCGGGAGGUGCCCUGGAAAGUGCAGUCAUUGGGAGCCAGGAGAUGUGGGACUAGUCCCAGUUCAGCCACUGCGAACUUGAACAAAUAAUUUGGGCUUCAGUUUUUUUGUCAUUUAAAAGAUCUUUGCAACUCUGUUUCUAGUCUGUGAAGAUUUUCCACUGAUACAAACUGGAUGGCUUCUACAGGGAGCCAGGCCUCUGAUAUAGACGAGAUUUUUGGAUUCUUCAGUGAUGGCGCACCCCCCACCAAAAAGCCCAGGAAGCUGCUUCCAAGCUUAAAAACUAAGAAGCCUCGAGAACUUGUGCUAGUGAUUGGAACAGGCAUUAGUGCUGCAGUUGCACCUCAAGUUCCAGCCCUCAAAUCCUGGAAGGGGUUAAUUCAGGCUUUACUGGAUGCUGCCAUUGAUUUUGAUCUGUUAGAAGAUGAGGAGAGCAAAAAGUUUCAGAAAUGUCUCCAUGAAGACAAGAACCUUGUCCAUGUUGCCCAUGACCUCAUCCAGAAGCUGUCUCCUCGUACCAGUAAUGUUCGAUCCACAUUUUUCAAGGACUGUUUAUAUGAAGUAUUUGAUGACUUGGAGUCAAAGAUGGAAGACUCUGGAAAACAGUUACUUCAGUCAGUUCUCCACCUGAUGGAAAAUGGAGCCCUCGUAUUAACUACAAAUUUUGAUAAUCUCCUGGAACUGUAUGCAGCAGAUCAGGGGAAACAGCUUGAAUCCCUUGACCUUACUGAUGAGAAAAAGGUCCUAGAGUGGGCUCAGGAGAAGCGGAAACUGAGCGUGUUGCAUAUUCAUGGAGUCUACACCAACCCUAGUGGCAUUGUCCUUCAUCCAGCUGGAUAUCAGAAUGUGCUCAGGAACACUGAAGUCAUGAGAGAGAUUCAGAAACUUUACGAAAACAAGUCAUUUCUCUUCCUGGGCUGUGGCUGGACUGUGGAUGACACCACUUUCCAGGCCCUUUUCCUGGAGGCUGUCAAGCAUAAAUCUGACCUAGAACAUUUCAUGCUGGUUCGGAGAGGAGACGUAGAUGAGUUCAAAAAGCUUCGAGAAAACAUGCUGGACAAGGGGAUUAAAGUCAUCUCCUAUGGAAAUGACUUUGCCGAUCUUCCAGAAUAUUUCAAGCGACUGACAUGUGAGAUCUCCACAAGGGGUAGAUCAGCAGGGAUGGUGAGAGAAGGUCAGCUAAAUGGCUCAUCUGCAGCACACAGUGAAAUAAGAGGCUGUAGUACAUGAGCGAGCUAGAGAAAUCACCACCGUUAGACCAAGCUGUAAGGCCCUACCACGGACAGUGUUUAACAAAUAAACUUACAAGAACCCAACACAACUCCCAGAAAGUAACAAUAGCCAGAGGUUGAAGGGCGGGGUAGAAGAGGGGGGAAUGUUCCAGCGUAAUCCUUCAUACCACCUGGUUCUUGAUAUUCUGCUGCCUGUUCAAGAAUAAAAGUGACAGCAGGACCCAAAUGCAGCUCCCGACCCACUCCCCAGGCUGGACAUGCUUGUGUCCACACAGCACACCAAUGUGAUACCUCCACUGACUGGCUGCAGCUCUGCAUGGACUCGGGGUCUAGAUGCCAUGGAAUCACCGUGGCUCUUGUUGCAGUUUUGUACUCUAUACUUGGUUUUUCAAUUAAGCUUAAUGGCUUUUUUAAAACAUGACUUGAAGCUCUAGUUUUCUAGAUCUUUUACAGUGUACAGUAUUUUACAUAACUGAGCUGUAUUAAAAGCUUGUUCAUUUA